GGCGGCGGGAUUGGCCGGCCGGGUGCUGACGUCUCGGGGCGCGCCGGGAACGCCGAGUCUCAGCGGGGCGAGAUUGGCCGGCCGGGCGGUGACGUAGUCGGGGCGCGCCGGGCGGGUACGGGCCGCGGCUGCUCUCUGAGCCCCAGGCAGCGAAUAAAUGGCCGGGGGAUCGGCGAUAUGCGAUGCGUCGCUCUCCCGCGGGCUCCGACGGCGUGCUGCGACCCGUCGGAUCCCAUUUUCCCAGGCCUUUUGGUCUUGUCCCCUGCGGCUGACCGCUGGAAGACACAUCCAGCUUCCCGUCUCCGCCGCCUCCCGCUCGCCAUCGCAGCCGCCCGGGCGCCAGACGAGAGCCAGCCAUUUGUGUAACCUGACUGUGGGAAAACCUUGUCAACGUGAGUCAGAAUGGUUUCAAGCAAAACUGAAUUCCGGGUGAUCCAUCUCUCUGCCAUCUGCGUUUUUGACACUUUCUCAUAAUGGAGUUCCCUGAUUUGGGGAAGCAUUGUUCAGAAAAAACUUGCAAACAGCUAGAUUUUCUUCCCUUAAAAUGUGAUGCAUGUAAACAAGAUUUCUGUAAAGACCAUUUUACUUGUGCUGCACAUAAAUGUCCCUUUGCAUUCAAGAAGGAUGUUCAGGUCCCAGUGUGCCCACUUUGUAACAACCCAGUCCCAAUAAAAAAGGGGGAGAUACCAGAUAUGGUGGUUGGUGAGCACAUUGAUCGAGACUGUAGCUAUCAUCCUCGGAAGACUGAGAAGAUUUUUACGUACCGGUGCUCAAAAGAGGGGUGCAAGAAGAAAGAGAUGCUGCGGGUGGCCUGUGACCAGUGCGGUGGCAGUUUCUGUAUUCGGCACAGACACCCUCUGGAUCACAGCUGCAAGCACGGGGGCCGCCCCAUCGGCGCAGCCGGGUGCACGGCUGCCAGGGCCUCUGAAUCCAAGCCGUCGGGAGCGUCGAACAUGCUGUCCAGCAGCUGGUUGGCUCAGCGACUCAGGUGGAAAGUAAAGAGAUGACGUGACUGUCAGCCACACGGGCACGUUAGCUUGUUCUGCGUGUUAUUUUGGCUUGGUAGGCAGCGUUUGUGCUCUAGUGCCUUUGUACUCCUCAUGGCAAACAGGACCAUUAAACUUUUCCAGUAAAAUGUACAGAUUUUGGCAAAAUAAACAGAAGGAUGGAUAUUAAUAUUCCAAGUUAGGCUAAGCUAUUCUGUCAACCUCUUCUUCCUCCCUCCUGCCCCCCAAUUAAAGUGACAUAAAGAUUGAAGGAUCGGAGUGUGCCAGAUGAGAGGGCAGCUCUGCCCUUGCCUGAGUCCCUCAAGAACCCCGUGUUCUGGAAGCCUCUGUCACUUACACAGCCACACAGCUGAUUGCACCCCAUCUUCAUCUUGUGGCUUCCGUGGUGACAGGUACCUGAGCCCUGGAAAGUGUGGGAGGCUGUGGGCCUACCUUGUUAGGGGCCUUGUUCAGAGGCGGCCCCUGCACACAGCCCCUGUUCCACUGAGAGGACAGCCCUGUGGCCAUACAGACUCAGGUGCUGGGCUUACACUGACAGACUUGGUCCAUGAGAGAGCCCCAUGUCCUGCGACCCUGGGCGUUGGGAAACAGUGAAGCAAAAUGUCAUUUGAGUUGGGUCCUGAUCUUAAUCCACUGGUCAUCCACCUGUAUAUCCAGACCUCCCCUUGCUCCUGGAUUAAUUAAAUCCAGGCGAUUGCUCUUGGUUUCCGAGCCUCAAAGCACAAUGCGGGGAGGGGCUUCUGUUCAGUUUCCAUUCCACAAAUAGGUGAUCAAAACUCUUUCUGUGGCUGUCUUAGUUGGGGGUGUUUGUUCUGGACCAGUGGUUCCCACACUUCCGCGUGCUCAUGAUUGUGUCGAGGGCUCUUCUGAAGGGCACUGGGCCCCACUUCCGGAGUUUUCUGGUUCUGUGGGUGUGGGAGGCCUUGAGAAUCUGCACUUCCGGCAAGUUCCCAGCUGAUGCUGCUGAUCUGGGGACCCCACUUGGACAAAUCACCCCCUGCACCCCUGCUGUCCGGGACGCAGUCACUAGCCACAGAGGUUAUGAAGCACAGGAGGUGCAGCUGGCCCAACUGGGAUCGGAUUUUUUGUUGUAUUUAACUUAAAGGCAAUUAAGUUGAUGCACUUUUUAGAAAACUUCAGUAUGUUAGGAACUUGGUAUGGAAGUCUGUUUUUUCAACUGUAAAUUUAAAAUACAGGUCAGCCCUUUCUCAUGAAAAUUUAAUGUCCAAAUUGAGAGUCUAAAACACUGAGCUUUGAAGGCAAUACCGAAAAAGUAAAGUAUGUCAUUAUUAAAAUUAUUAUUCACUUGUUGAAAUGCUAAUAUUUUGGAUAUGAUGUAUUAAAUAAAGCAGUAAAGU